AUGUCCGCGCCCGAGGUAACUCAGAAUGACCUCGUGGCUUUCCAUGCCGCUCACUUUGGCAAUACCUCAACAGAACAUUUCGCACAACAAUUCUUGGGUCCCGUUGAGGAUACAUAUGAAGAAGAGGUUGAGGAUGAUGGUCUUGGGUACUAUCCUGAUGGCGUCAAAAGAACCUUGACCGAUGAACAAAUCGCGAUCUUUCGACAUUCCGAGAUCCAAGCGAUUCUUCGACAGCGCAGACAUGCCGCAGAGUCCAAUGACACUUUCGAUGAGCAAACCACAUCUAGAAUUUCCAACACCGACCACGUAGAAGUGGAUGAAGCUGAGGAAGAAGAUGGAGAGGUUGCCGAGAAUUUCUCACAUCCUGAGCCAAUUGGACCUGUGCGACCGAAGAAGAAGUCAAAGAAGGAACUGAAGAAAAUAAGAAAAGCGCAAGAAGCCAAGGAGAAGGGCUGGUUCAAGCAGAACGUCAAGCCUGACUUACGAAAGAGGACUUGGGACAAAGUAGAAAAGUCUAUCGGGUCUCUAGCGUACGAUGAUGAGGGUGGUGGUAAUAGCCAUGCCUCAAGCUCAACGCCGCAGAGAAGAAAGAUAUCUUAUGAUGAUCCUUGA